AUGAUUCAGCACUGGCAUGCCUGGGUGGGCGGUGGCAUCAUCGUUCUAGUAUGCUGGCGUCUUUUCCUGACGCUGCAAUCACUGCAAUCGCUGCGUUGGUCAAAGUCUCCCAGCCGCAACCCGCCGGUGUAUCCUUACUGGAUUCCAUUCCUAGGCCACUCAAUUCCAUUCCUUCAAGAUCCAGGAGCCUUUGUGGAUGGGCUCCAGCAACAAUAUGGCAACCGAUCUCCCGUGGAGAUCGUGCUGGGUCCCGUACGAGGAUAUUUAGUGGCGGGCUCCGAGGCAAUCGACAAGCUCCUACGCUCCCCCCGCAAUCUGUCUCCCAAGCCUUUCAUCGCUCUGGCCAUGGAGAACAUGUUUGGCACCCCGGCUAGCACCAUGCCGUUAUACCGCCUGGAUGAUUCGGGGAUUGCCCCGACUCCCUUGCCGAACAGCCAUGUGGCUCCAGAGCAUCGCAUCUACUACCAUCAGCACAAGUCCGCUCACCGAUUCCUCGCGGGUAGUGCUCUCCGCCGCAUGACAGAGCGGUUCACGCGUGUUCUCAGCAGGGAGCUGCACCACGAUGCUGCCAUCGGCCCUGACGACGAUUGGGUCCAACUGCCGGAUCUCUACACCUUCUGGAAGAGUCGUAUCUUCCACGCCGCCGUGCACGCCCUGUUCGGGCCCUAUCUUACCCUGCUAAAUCCGGGCUUCGAGCAGGACUUUUGGAAUUAUGUGGAUGCGAUUCCAACACUCAUGAUGGGACUACCGCGCUGGAUGAUCCCCAGGGCAUACGCUGCCCGCGAUCGAGUCUUCACGGCUGUCAAGACCUGGCAUCGCUUUGCGCGCGCUCACUCUGAUUACCGCAAAAAUGGGCCGGAUGACCCUGACUGGGAUAAGUAUUGGGGCUCAGCCUGGCUCAAAGUUCGACAGCAGUUCGGGCAGGACAGUGGCUGGAUGGAUGAGGAUGCCUUGGCAGCGGAGGAUGUCGCCCUACUUGUAGCCGCAAACGCCAAUGCUAUUCUCAGUGCGAUCUGGGUUCUCCUCCACAUCUAUGCAGACCCCGAUCUCCACCAGCGUCUAAAGCCGGAAUUUGAUCGUGCCAUGAUUCCACAAGUCCCUGGAUCGCUCCUGAGCACCACCCCCAGCCAGCCGACUGAAUUUGAUAUAACAACCCUGGUCAACUCGCCGCGUCUUCAAUCGGUCUACGCCGAGGUUCUGCGGAUGCGCAUUUCCCUCCUACUGAAUCGAACCCCCGUGCAUGCCGACGCUCAGUUUGGCCCGUGGCGCCUGAAGCGCGGACGGUUCAUCGUGAUGAGCACGCAGCAUGCGGCCCAUGACGACGAGGCCUGGGGCCCGCGGCACACGCAAGACGGACGAUACCCCCUGGAUCAAUUCUGGGCAGAACGCUUCCUGGUGCCGGAUGAGGGGGGCACGGAGCAGUUCUCCCUUGACGGACUAUCGGGCGCAUGGAUCCCCUACGGCGGCGGCGGGUUUAUGUGUCCUGGACGGCACUUUGCGAAACAGGAGAUACUGGGCAGUGUCGCCAUUUUUCAGUCAUAUUACGAGCUGGAAGUGGUAGACCGUCCCAAGGGUUGGCUGCCGCGCCCGGACCACCGGUACUAUGGGGUGGGCGCUAUGCCUCCCGCUGAGCCUAUUCCGUUUCGCAUCCGGCGCCGCCGCCGCUGA